AUGGUUGUGCACGCAGCGCCGCGCGACGACAGCCUGCUGACGCUGCGCGGCCACCGGGCGGCCGUGCUGUGCGUCGACUGGUCGCCCGACGGCGCCCACCUGCUCUCCGGCGACGUCGAGGGCACGUUCAAGCUGUGGGACGUCCUGGGAGGUCCGCUGUUCGAGAAGGAGAAGGCUCACAACGGCCACAUCACGUGCUGCACCUUCUCGCCGGACAGCACCUACUUCGCCACGGGCGCCGCCGACGGCCGCGUCCGGCUGUGGAGCACGCGCGACGCCUCCCUGCUGUACACCUUCAGCCAGCACCACCUGCGGGUCAUCUCGCUCAGCCUGAGUAAAGACAACAACUCGAUCGUCUCUGUGGCUGAUAACGAGAUCUUCUGCUGGGUGUGGGACACGAGCCGGCGGCCGAGUCGCGACUACGUGGAAGUCAAGAUGCAGGCGCCGAACGAGCACGACCUGUACCUGUGCUCGCGCCUCAGCCGCGACCAGCGCCAGCUGGUGGUGGGCACCUCGUCCAACAUGUACGAGACCUGGGACCUGUUGGAGCGGCGCGUCAUCUCGACACAGCGCGGCUUCGCCGGGUCGGUGACCUCACUGGUGUUCUCCCACGACGGCGAGCGGCUGCUGGCGGGCGCCGGCGACAUGGUCACCUCGUGCAGCCUCACCAGGACGCCCAAGGUGGAGGACAGCCUGCAGCCGCUGUUCUCGGCGCGGUUCGCCUCGCCCGACCCGAGCUCGCUGGUCGUCGCCGCCAUCACGUCCAACAACGGCGUCCAGGGCCAGUUGGACCGUGAGCUAAUGGUCCUCAGAGGACUCGAUGGCACCAUUGUGACCACGACGAAGCCCGUGGGGGAGAAGAUCUGCAUCACGGAGAUCAACCAAGCCGGAACUAUGGUGGCGUUCGGCUGCGAGGACGGCUCCGUAGGCGUGUACGAGAUCGCGGUGGCGUCGGCGAGCCGCGCCGAGCCCAACAUCCUCGGCAAGCACAGCCAGCGCGUCAUCUCGCUGCAGUUCGGGCCGGACGGCGCCGUCGUCAGCGGCUCAGAGGACAGGAACAUGAAGGUGUGGUGGCCCGACCGCACCAACGUCACGUGCAGCGGCAACGACGGCGCGGUGACCCAGGUGGGCCUGUACGACUCGAGCGAGGGCCUGCUCGCCGUGUCCUGCUCCCGCGACGGCACGCUGAAGGAGGACUCCGUGCAUGGGUCCACCCGGCGCGCGAGGACUCGCGCUGCUCGUGCGGCCUUCUUCCGCGUUGAUAACUUGAUUGCGAAAGUGUACCUGGCCGCCUCCGGGAAGCUGCUGUCGGCGCACGUGGCGCACUCGGGCUCGACGGUCACCUGCUACCGGAUCGUGCGGCUGGCGGCGGCGGCGCGCGCCAACGGCACCAGCGGCCGCGGCGAGUCGCCCUGCCCGCCCGACCUCGUCGUGGUCACAGCAGCCGUGGACGGCAAGGUGAAGAUGACGCGGCUCUCGACGGGCGCCGUGGUCAAGUCGUUCACGCUGGACCAGGGCCCCGUGCGGACGUUCCAGCUCUCCGGGGACGGCUCGCUGCUGGUCACCGGCCAUGACGACGGCGACGUGGUGGUGACGCGGACGGACAUCCUGUGUCCGCCGCUGGUGCUGAAGCUGCACCAGAGCUGGGUGCACGACCUGGCCGUGUCGCCCGACGGUCGCACCAUCGUCUCCAAGCAGUACUUCUCGUACUGGUCGGGUCGUCCGGUGGAGCCGCCGGCUGGUGGCGGGGUCACCGCCGAGCUGCGUCAGGUGUUUGCCUUCCGCGGCACGCUGGCGCGGCGGCUGGCCGUCGACGACGACUGGACCACGCUCGUCACCAUCGACGACGCCGGCGUGCUCUACGUGCUCCAGGUCAUGUGA